UCCGACAUUUCUUAUUGCUAGGUAUGUCUCAAGCUAAUAAACCGAUCAAUUUAAAAUGAAAAGUGAAACCGAUAACGAACAGAACGACGAAAAAGAUAAAACUAAAGACGAUAAAGUUAAACGCGGUAAGAAACUAGUGGUUCCUCCAAAAUCUCCUAAACCGAAACAAAGAAAAUCAUUCCUAGUGAAAAAAUUCAAAUUAAAAAACAAGUUAACUUCGCAUAAGCGAGAAAUUAAAGAAAUCGCAAGUAUACCCCUUCCCAGUACCUCGUCAGACGAAAGACAAACCCCAGAAGGGGAUGAUAACCUUAUAUUGACCAAGUCUGCGUCUGAUACGAAUCUUCAGGAAUCUUGGAAAAGUGCGGAAAAUUUGGAAACACCUUCGAAAAGGAAUUCUAUUACCUGUAACGUUAUCAGGACAGUGUUGCUGCCAGAACGCACAAAAUCUUUGGAAGAUUUUCAAAGUAUGCCUGCUUACGGGGAAUUAAUAGUGGAGCAAAAUCCGUUACCUACCACGGUAAAUUACUUUUAUGUAUUUAGAAAUUAG